CAAUUAGUCACGCGUGAAUCCGGCGCGGGCGCACGUCGCGUCGCGCGCACUCCGCUCCGUAAUAAAAAUACUGUAAUCUUUUAACCAAGAAAAAUACUAAUACUGUAUAGUAAUAAACUUGCUUUAUUCUUCUUGAAUGCACGUUUAACAUUUUCGACCCGAAAACGAAUGUAAUUAUUAAUUUACCCAUGACAUACAAACUGUUAUUGGGUCAAAGUUUUGUUUUUUAAAGUGUGAAUACAAGUGAAAGAAUUGAAUGCUACAAUUUUACGCAAAAGUGAAUAUAAACAGUGCUGUGAUAAGUGCAAAUAAUUAGUGGUAGCGGAGAGCGGUUGAUAGCAGUAGCCUUGGCAAUAGUGUUUUGUCAGUGUAUGCCCUGUGCAGCAUGACAACAAGGCACAACUCUACGUUACCUUAAUGUAGAUGCUCAGCGUGUUACCCAGGAUGGAACAUAUUUUCACGAAAUAGUCCAAUAAAAUUGAUCUGAAAAUUUUACGCACACCGAAAUAAUGUACAUACGACGAACGAGUUUACUACUAGUCGGGUUGUGGGCGGGCCUAUUGGCCGUGUGUUGGGGCCAACGCGCGGAGCAGCUCCUGGCCCAGAACCCCUGCUCCAGCAAGACGACAUGUAGCGAGUGCGCGCGCACUCCCAGCUGCGCCUGGUGCUUCGCCUCGGAGUACAACGGGCCGCGAUGCUUCAACCCGGCCAUGGAGGGCGGCACGGCUGGAUGCGACGAGGCAUACAUCUUCAAUCCCGACAACCAGCUCUCAAUCGAUCCGAAAUUUAACAGAGAAUUGAGUCGAGCGAAUCGCAUGGGUAUGGUGUCGGGAUCAUCGUCGGUCGAAGAGUCGAUGAGUGCGAAGGGUUCUUUCUCUGGGUCCGGGAGCAGUGCCUCCGGAGCCGCCGCAGCUGCCGGCGCGGGCGGCAACCUCGUGCAGAUGAAACCGCAGAAAGUCAAGCUGCAGAUGAGGAUGAAUCAAAUGCAAAAACUGACGUUCGCGUACUCCCGCGCGCAGGAUUACCCAGUAGAUCUGUACUACCUUAUGGAUCUGAGUAGAUCUAUGAAAAACGAUAAGGAGAAGCUGAGUGCUUUGGGCAGUCUGCUCUCGGCGACCAUGAGGAACAUGACCUCCAACUUCAGGAUCGGAUUCGGCUCUUUCGUCGACAAACUAGUCAUGCCUUACGUAUCGACAGUCCCCAAAAAUUUGUUAUCGCCAUGUGACGGUUGCGCCGCGCCUUAUGGCUACCGCAAUCAGAUGUCUCUUAGCAAAGAUACUGAUUUCUUCGAAAAAGCAGUGGCCCGCGCCGACGUGUCUGGUAACUUGGACGCUCCGGAGGGUGGUUUCGAUGCGAUCAUGCAAGCGGUGGUGUGCAGGCAGCAGAUAGGCUGGCGCGACCAGGCGCGUCGCCUGCUGGUCUUCUCCACUGACGCCGGAUUCCAUUACGCUGGAGAUGGCAAGCUCGGUGGUAUAGUGCAGCCGAACGACGGCGAAUGUCACAUGGAGAACAAUUCGUACACCCACUCCACCCUGCAGGACUACCCGAGCAUCUCGCAGAUUAAUCUUAAGGUUAAGAAGCACGCGAUCAACGUGAUAUUCGCGGUGACGGCGGAGCAGAUCAGCGUGUACGAGGAACUCAGCAAACACAUCGAGGGGUCCAGCAGCGGCGUCCUCAGCGAGGACUCGGACAACGUCGUCGAUCUCGUCAGGGAACAGUACAAUAAAAUUACGUCAGCUGUCGAGAUGAAGGACUCGUCGACCGACGCCGUGCAAGUGGUGUAUUACUCAUCAUGCCUCGGCGGCAAGGACCUCGUCAAAACAAACAGAUGCGAUGGACUCAAGGUUGGUGAUAUGGUAGAGUUCACGGCUGAGAUAACUGUAAAGGAGUGCCCGAAGGAUCGCAACAAAUGGAAGCAGACGUUCGACAUCUCGCCCGUGGGAAUAUCGGACAGUCUCACCGUGGAGCUCGAGAUGAUCUGUGACUGCCCCUGCGAACAGCCUGGACAUUUUGCGUACAACGACUCGCCGCUGGUGUGCAGCGGCGAGGGCGUGUCGGCGUGCGGCGUGUGCGUGUGCCGGCCGGGCCGCUUCGGCAAGGGCUGCGAGUGCUCCGCGCACGGCGGCGGGUCGGCCGAGCAGGAGCGCGGCUGUCGCCCCACCAACGCCUCCGCCGGCCCGCUCUGCUACAACCGCGGCACCUGCAUCUGCGGCGUCUGCGAGUGCAACAAGAUGGACGACCCGCUCAAGGUGAUAUCGGGUCCGUUCUGCGAGUGCGACAACUUCACGUGCGACAGGAAUAAGGGCCUGCUGUGCUCCGGACACGGCGAGUGCGUGUGCGGGAAGUGCAACUGCGCGCCGGAGUACACCGGGCCCGCCUGCCAGUGCCUCAAGGAUCAGACCAACUGCAAGUCACCCGAGGACAACAAGAUAUGCAGCGGUAACGGUAAAUGCGUGUGCGGCCAGUGCGUGUGUAACGUGGACGAAGACAGGCACUAUUCUGGAAAAUAUUGCGAACAGUGUCCGACCUGCCCCGGCCGCUGUGGUGAAUUCAAAGACUGCGUUUUGUGCGAAGUGCACAAGCGAGGCCCGCUGUUCAACGAGGAAGAUGGGUCUUGCGGAAACUGUACUCUGUUCCCGAUCAUUGAAGAAGGCAAAGUUGAAGCCAACGAAACUCGAAACGAACACUUGUGCAAUUUCUACGACGACGAAGAUUGUCUUUACGUUUAUGUUUAUUCGUACAAUGAAGCUCAAAGGCUGGUAAUACGGGCGCAGAAAGAACGAGUGUGUCCCAAGAAGGUACCGAUCCUGGGUAUAGUGCUGGGCGUGAUCGCGGCUAUAGUACUUGUGGGUCUGGCGCUGCUCAUGUUGUGGAAGAUGGCCACCACCAUCCACGACCGCAGAGAGUUCGCGCGCUUCGAGAAGGAACGCAUGAUGGCCAAGUGGGACACGGGCGAAAACCCCAUUUACAAACAAGCAACGUCGACAUUCAAGAAUCCUACUUACGCCGGAAAAUAAAUAUACAAUGCCAUCAACUUGGCUUCAGUUGUAUCUAUCGCGUACUAUCAUAAAAAAUAUAAUAACCACUCCCCGUUCGAUGAAAAAUCUAAGUCAGUAUUUAUCUAAAUUUCUUGAUUUUUAAAACUUUAUAUGUAUGUGUAUUUGUAGAAAACUUUAUGACUAUAGCAUGUUAGAUGAUUGCCUUAAUAAUGUGCCUUUUAUACAAUAUCGAUAAGCUAUUGACGGAAGAAUUGAAAUGUAAUUGCUUAUCUGACUUUUGGUUUAUGAAGUGUUGAAGUUUUAGAAUAGGUUUACAUAUAAGGCGGGUGCGCAUUUUAUACUUUUGCUAAUAAUUCCGAUCAGACUACAAAACUGUUCAUGCGUACCUGCUUACACGUAACUAUUGAUCAAUAUUCUAUAAUAUAAUAGCUUCCUAUUGUAAAGUCGAAAGGUCUGCUUUAAUCUCUGGAUAUUUUAUAACGUACGCUUUUGUACUUAUGAGUGAUUGUGUCUUGCGUGUACUUAGUGUUCAGUAGAUCCCUGUUGAAUUAAACGCGAUGUAUUAAAUUAUAUAAAUGGGAUUCAAUAUCUUGCUAAGAAAGCAACGCGAUUUUAUGUAGAAAAGGGCUUUAAAUUUGAACAAAAUAAGACCAUAAUUUACGCCGUGUUGUAUUCAACAGGUUUAAGUUUAUUUUAGUAUGUAUGUUGUAAAGUUAAAUAUAAUAUAUAAUAUCGUAUAUAGCGGCGAGUCGAAUCUGAAAAUGGUAAUCUGAAUGUUUUACUUAUAAAUUAAUGUUUUCAAGAAGAACUUCAUCAAUAAUUUAGUCAUUAACUUUAGUUAUAAUGAUUCAUUUUUAUUUAUAAUCCAUUGCAUUUGUUUAUCAUAUAAAUUAAUUUUGUGAUGUUUUUAAAUGGCCAAUUAAUUUCUCACUGCCAGGGUUUGUUAUGCACAAUGUUUUCCGUGAUACACAGAUAGUAAACAUGAAUAAAAAUAUUUUUAUAACACAAGAAAGAGAAUAUUCUCUUUCUUUGUGCAAACAAUAAUUGCGAGUUAAUACUGUGGCUUACAUAUUUCGGUCCGGUGCCUUGAGAUAAUGUUUAAUAUAGAAAUAAGUGCCAUUACUAAUACUAUGAAUGAGAGGAUAUAAUAUUUAUUUCACAUAUUAAUGUAAUUAAUGAAGACGUAUCUUCGUAAGAGUGUAAGUGAUCAUUUUAGCUUGGUCAAGUGACGUCUUAUUAUUUUAUAUUCAAUAUAUAAUUAUGACUCAAUAGUGAUUCUUACGUAAUAUAUGCCCCACACAAAUAUUUUCGUAUUUGGUGCUGUUCAUUGUACGAUAUGUUUUCAAAUUAUGUGCUGAUUGUACAUAUUUAGUUUGAUACUUUUAAUCCUGUUAAGUAGUCAUUACGUUUUAUAGUGGCUAAUAAAAUUAACUAAAACA